AUGGAUUUCUUGGGUGGUUUGCCUACAACUACCAUUGGGUUUGAUUACUUGUUUGUUAUGGUGGACAGAUUCAGCAAAAUGGUGAUCCUAAUUCCUUGUAAGAAGACAAUUUCAGGAGAAGGUGCCGCAAAGUUGUUUUUCCACCAUGGAUUGAUGGACACAAAGCUGAAACAUAGUACUGCUUUUCAUCCUCAAACGGAUGGACAAACAGAAGUGGUAAAUCGGACCAUAGUACAUCUAUUGAGAGGAUAUAACUCUAAGCAUCCUUGUACUUGGGAUGCGAUUGGUGACAAGCAAAAUGGAGAAGAAAAUGAUGAUAGGCUAAAAGCACAGCAACUCUUGGAGCGCAUUUCAAAGAUCCAUAAAGAAGUUGAUGAGCAAUUACAGAAGUCACAACAGCGAUACAAAGCGCGACAUGACAGACAUAGGCUCUAUCAUGACUUCAAAGAAGGUGAUCUAGUUUGGUUAAAACUCAACAAGGAAAGAUUACAUGGUGUAGGAAGGAAAUUAAAGCCAAUUCGAUAUGGGUCAUUCAAGAUCUUGGAAAAGAUUGGAGAGAAUGCAUUUUGA